GAAGUUAAACAAACUUGGUCUGUAUGUUGGUAAUAAAAUAAUAACCUCAAACCUCAAUUUAUUUUUCAACAAUCCCAAAGAUUCAACUUUCAUGAUGAAUUUACCCAUAAUAAGAUCAGUUUUAACAAGAUUAAGACCUACAACUCAAAUAAAUGCUAGUUUUUAUUGCACUACUAGCGAUGUUCCAAAAUUUGAUAUGGAAAAUCCUUUUAGAAAAGACAAUCUUCAAUGCGUUUUAUGUAAAUAUAAGAUAACCGCAGAUUAUAAAAACGUGAAAUUGCUUUCUCAAUUUCAAUCACCUUAUACAGGAAGAAUUUAUGGAAGACAUAUAACGGGAUUAUGUAGCAAACAACAAGAAAAGGUGGAGAAAGAGAUUAUUAAAGCUCAAAGUGCUGGGUUAAUGGGUACAUAUUUAAAGGAUCCAGUUUUCUUAAAGGAUCCCAAACUGUUUAAUCCAGAUCGUCCAAUAAGACCACAUGAAUUCAAAUAAAUUAUAGUUUAUUCUUUAAUUAUAAUAAAAAAAAGUAUUUAGCAAAUAA